UGAAUUAUCACCCAACGCAUAUCACAACUUGGCCGAGGAGACAAUGCAGCGACUGAUAGAAUAUUUUGAUAAUCUUGGGGAUAGAAUAGAGCUGGACGGAUAUGAUGUCGAGUACUCGAGUGGAGUCUUGACGCUUAAACUUGGGUCUUCUGGUACUUAUGUAAUCAACAAGCAACCACCGAAUAAGCAGAUAUGGCUCUCGUCUCCAAUCAG